CGGUUCUAUAAAAUGAUUCGAUUUCGCACUAGCCGAUCAGUUGAGUUUGGAAAACCCUCGCAUCAAGUUUAAUCAAGACUUAUAAAGCUCCAGUUCCCGCCCCGCAAUAAUGAUUAGUCGGCUAAUCCCAGCUUGCUUGCUGGUUGCACUUCUCAUCCAAUGCGCCCUGACCCAGGACACCGUUUCGUCAAUGUGCAACUCGGAUGAACUCUGCACCACGGCGAAACGCUGCGAGGAGUCGGAUGACUCGGGACAGAAGGGUAUUGGACCUCGGAUAGCACACUUUUGUGGCACCGGAAUGGUGUGCUGCGACCGGGCCCAGUUGGAGAGCUGGGAUGAGUUCUUGGCCAAUUUGGCAACACCAGUGACCUCCGCUACACCAGGAAUCCGGAAUAAGGCAGGCCGUGUCCUGGAACCGAAGCCCAACGAGAGUUGUGGGGUGAACAUGGAGUGUGUGCCACGAAGGCUAUGCCGCGACAAUGUCAUCAUUGACUCUGGGGUCUCUUUGAUCAAUCCCAGGAUCGGUACUUCGGUGUGCUCCAGAUCCCUCUAUCGGUGCUGUGCUGUGGAUCAACAGGUGGAUGAAAACCACAGCCCUUACGUGGCCAAGCAGCGAGACUUCAAGUACAAGAGUUGCGGAUGGAGCAAUCCCCAGGGCCUGAUUCCCGACAAUGACAAGUACAACUACACGUCGGAUGUGGCCAUUUUUGGGCAGUAUCCUUGGAUGGUGGGAAUAUUUACGGGACGGCAGAAGUUCUUAUGUGGCGGCACUCUGAUUCAUCCGCAAUUGGUGAUUACCAGUGCCCAUAAUCUGGUCAACGAGACGGUGGACACCCUAGUGGCCAGGAUGGGCGACUGGGACUUAAACAGCAUCAAUGAACCCUACCUCCAUGAGGCUAGGCGCAUAAAGGAGAUAAUCAUGCAUCCGGAAUUUCACGAGCAAAAGCUCUACAAUGACAUAGCCCUGCUGCUCCUGGACGAGCCCGUCGCGAUGGCUCCUCACAUCCAGCCCCUGUGUCUGCCUCCCACGGAAUCUCCUGAGUUGAUUGAUCAGCUGGAGGAAUCGACCUGCAUUGCCACCGGUUGGGGCUCCAAGGACAUAGACAGCGAGCAGCUGGAGCACAUUAUGAAGCGGAUUGAAUUGCCUUUUGUGGAGCACGACGAGUGCCAGGCCAUGUUGCGGAACACAGUUGUGGGAACAAGAUUCAGGCUACGUCCCAGCUUCCUUUGUGCCGGUGGCGUUGCCGGAAAGGACACCUGCAAAGGCGACGGCGGCUCACCCUUGUUCUGCACGAUACCCGGCCAGCAGAAUCGCUUCCAGCUUGUUGGCAUGGUAUCCUGGGGCGUCCAAUGCGCCGUUGAAGACAUUCCGGCGGUGUACACUAAUGUCCCCUACCUGCGCAGGUGGAUCGACGAGAAGAUCAAGGGACUGGGACUCACCCUGCAGGACCCCUAAGCUCCGACAUUGUCCACCCAUAAGCAUAAGUUUUAAUUUUGAAUAAAUUAUCGCGUUAAAAUUUUA